AUGCUUCAGCUGCAGCAUGCCUUCACCUCCUUACGUCUGAAAUUGAAACAGCAGAGGAACCCAUAUUCUUCCAGUGUCCCCCCGAUUCUGCGAUAUCCCACAGCCAUUCGUUCAUCUUCAUGGCCUCCAUGCCACUGCUCUCUUUCACAGCUUUUAAAUGUCUACCCUCUUCUUGGACUACAUGGUCUCCUGAAAACCUUCCUCUUCAUCCUAACUGUCCUGUGCUUAUUGCCCCAACAAGCACAUGCAGCCUGGUUUCGGGUUGGAGUGGUGGGACCAUGGGGGUGUGACCCCCUCUUUGCCAAGGCACUUCCAAAUGUUGCAGCGCAGCUGGCUGUCAAUCGCAUCAACAAAGACCCCAGCUUGUCCUAUGCUGCUACAUUUGUCUUUUCUGUGCUUCAGGAGCCCUGUGAAACAUCCAGAGCACUGGAGGCCUUUGUGGGUUUCCACACCAAAGCCUCUGGGUACAUUGGACCAGCCAAUCCAGGGUACUGUGAUGCUGCGUCAAUGCUAAGCAAAGGCUGGAACAAAGCAAUAUUUUCUUGGGCUUGUGUAGGUUAUGAUUUGGACGAUGUUCGGAACCAUCCAACAUUUGCCCGAUCUAUGGCAAGACCCACAGCAGUGCUGCACAGUGUCAUGAGCUACUUCAGAUGGGCUCACAUUGGUAUCAUCUCUUCUUCUGAAGACAUUUGGGUGGAUACGGCAAAUAAGGUCGCUGACUCUUUAAGGAGCCAUGGGAUGCCUGUCAGAUUUGUUAUUUUUAUGGAAAACACCCCUCAUGGCAUAAGGAGAACUUUAGCAAAGGUCCGCAAGAUGAAAGAAAUAAGAGCUGUGGUUCUCUGCAUGCACUCGGUACUCAUUGGUGGUUCGGUCCAAAGACUUCUCUUAGAAACAGCCUACGACAUGCAGAUGAUCGAUGGCUCCUUGGUGUUUAUACCAUAUGACACCCUGCUCUACAGUCUGCCAUAUAUUAAUGCAACCUACCCUGCUGUGAAAAACAACAGCAAACUCCUGCGGGCCUACGAUGCUAUGCUGACUAUCACCAUUGACUCACCCAAGGUGUCAUUCUAUGAUGCCUACAGAGAGGCUAUGGAGAGGGGGGAGGUGGCAAGAACACUGACACCCCAACAGGUGUCUCCUCUGUUUGGCACUAUCUACAACUCCAUUCUGAUCAUGGCUCAUGCAGUGCAUCGUGUUCGUGAGUCUCAAGCAUGGAUGUCUGGGGGAAACCUAGCACAACGAAUACGUAAUUUGGAUUUUCAGGGCUUUAGUCAUCGUGUCAAAACCAGCAGCUCUGGGGCUGUUCAGCUCGACUACCUCAUCCUGGACACAGAUGGGACUUCCAUGAAUUUGAUGCCAACAUACACAAUUGAUGCGGAGAUGGGCAUGGUUCGCUUCCUGGGUCGAGACCUUCACUUUCCACAAGGCUAUGGACCGAGGAGGGAUUCUUCAUGCUGGUUCACACCAGGAGUUAUCUGCUCAGGAGGAGUGGAUCUUUUCUUCACCUUCAGUAUGUUCCUUGGUUCUAUUGCGGCUUCUAUUUUCGCUGUGGCUCUUCUCUACUGCAUCAGGCGACGUGUCAAUCAGAUUCGUAUGGUCAGAGGUCCAAACAAGAUCCUGCUCACUCUUCAAGAUGUCACAUUUAUAAACCCAUCCCUUAGUAACAAGAAGCUGAGCCUAGAUGACAGCAGGACCAGCGGCGGCCGAAGCAUAUCUGAGCGCAGCCUCAACACACCCGCCUCCUCCCAGUCCCCAGCCACAUACGAAAAUUCAAACGUUGUUAUCUUUGAGGGUGACUGGGCAUGGCUGAAGAGACUACCGAAUGGCAAGUUUGGCAGCAUUAACCCGAAAACCAGUGAUGUCUUUGAACUGAUGAAAGACAUGCGUCAUGAGAAUGUCAACCCUUUCCUGGGCUUCUUCCAUGACUGCAGUGUGUUUGCCAUUGUCACUGAGUUCUGCUCCAGAGGAAGCCUGGAGGAUCUGCUGCUGAAUGAUGACGUCAAACUCGACUGGAUGUUUAAAUCAUCUCUGCUGUUGGACCUUAUUAAGGGUAUGAAAUACCUUCAUCAUCGUGGAGUGUGUCACACCCGUCUGAAGUCUCGUAACUGUGUGGUGGAUGGACGGUUUGUCCUUAAGGUGACAGACUAUGGUUACAACGAGGUUCUGGAGGCGCAAAGGUUCCCCUUCGUUGAAGCACGGCCAGAAGAGCUGUUGUGGACGGCUCCAGAGAUCCUAAGAACCAGUACACCAGGACUCCAUGGGACGCCGGCUGCAGAUGUGUACAGCUUUGCCAUCAUUAUGCAAGAGGUCGUGAUCAGAGGGCCUCCAUUUUGCAUGUUAGACCUUUCUGACUCAGAAAUAUUAGAAAAACUACGCAAGCCUCCGCCUCUGUGUCGUCCAGUGGUCAGUCCAGAUUAUGCUCCUAUGGAGUGCAUCCAGCUGAUGAAACAAUGCUGGACUGAGCAGCCAGACAAAAGGCCAACAUUUGAGGACAUAUUUGACCAGUUCAAAAACAUCAAUAAGGGAAAGAAGACCAACAUCAUAGACUCAAUGCUGAGGAUGCUGGAGCAGUAUUCUUCCAACUUGGAGGAGCUGAUCAGAGAGCGAACAGAGGAGCUGGAGAUAGAAAAGCAGAAGACAGAGAAGCUUUUAACACAGAUGCUUCCCACGUCAGUGGCAGAGGCUUUGAUGGUGGGAUCGGUAGUGGAACCAGAACAUUUCGACAACGUGUCCCUCUAUUUUAGCGACAUCGUUGGUUUCACCACCAUCUCAGCCAACAGUGAGCCUAUCGAGGUGGUCGACCUCCUCAAUGACCUUUACACGCUAUUUGACGCUAUUAUAGGAAACCACGAUGUCUACAAGGUGGAGACCAUUGGCGAUGCCUACAUGGUGGCAUCGGGUGUUCCAGUCCCCAAUGACAACCGUCAUGCUGCAGAAAUUGCCAACAUGUCUUUGGAUAUCCUCAGUGCUGUGGGAACCUUCAAAAUGAGGCACAUGCCAGACGUCCCUGUCAGAAUUCGUAUAGGUCUCCACACAGGUCCGUGUGUAGCAGGUGUGGUGGGUCUAACUAUGCCUCGGUACUGUUUGUUUGGAGACACAGUGACCACUGCUUCUCGAAUGGAGUCGAGUGGAAUGCCCUACAGGAUUCAUGUCCAUGAGAGCACAGUGAAGGUCCUCCGGGAACUCAAUCUUGGCUACAAGCUUCAGCUGAGGGGCCGUACCGAAGUUAAAGGAAAAGGAAUAGAGGAAACAUACUGGCUUACAGGAAGAGAUGGAUUCACCAAACCUCUGCCAGUUCCUCCAGAACUCAAGACAGGAAUGUCCUUGACUGAAUCAAGGGACUUGAAGCAGGUGUUUCACAAGGCAGUGAAGAAGAUUUCACAUGUCCGUGUUGUGACGCAGCUCUAUAUGCCUGAAGACGACCACAAUGUCCUGCUGACGCACCACUGACUGACUGAUUUUGUCUGGAGAACCCAUAAGAGCCCCAACACAAAGCUUCAGCCAUGCAGAACUCUGGAACUGCCUUCCUCUGAGAGACAGAAGGACCGUAGUGAAAGUGUGUGUUGGGAUUAAUAUUGGUCAGAGCGUUUGUUUGCACAUCCAUGAGUAUUAGCGGCUCCAGCUAAGGAGAUGAAGUCUGAAUGUGGAAUGAUCUACAGAGGCUGACAAGUGGUGAGUCGGCAAAGACGAGAUCUGCAAAAGUGUCGGUCAGCAGCAGAGGAACCCAGCUAAUCUCUCUCAUUCGUUCCCAACACCUUGCUCCUCCUCUGGAAGGACAUUUAUUAGGAGGGAGAUCAGUGGUGCUCCGAUACUUCAUAAAGUUGUCCUAAAG